CUCCUUUCCCCCCUCGUCAGCCUGUCACACAUGACAAGCCCUUAUAGCGUGGAGCUGCGCUCAGAUCAAUGCAGAGACUUCUCAUUGGGUGCUGGGGAUGGAGCAGGACGCCAGGCGAGGAGCAGCUCCCAUCCUCAGUCUGGUGUUGGGGAUCUCAGGGCUCGGCUCUGGACGUCGCUGAGCUCCAUGGACAGACGUAGAAGGGCCACCCUGGCGCUGACUCUGAAUUUCCUCUCUCUCCUCUUCUCCAUCACCGCCUUCAGCAGCAGCUACUGGUGCGAGGGGAUCCGCAAAGUGCCCAAACCCUUCUGCCAGGGCAGCUCCAGGGAGAAACAGACCUUCUGCAUCCGCUUCAACAACUCCGACACCAACGGCAGCAACGUGGUCCAAUACACCUGGGAGACCGGCGACGACAAAUUCAUCGAAAGGCAUUUCCACGCCGGGAUCUGGUAUUCCUGCGAGGAGAACAUCAGCGGAGACGGUGAAAAUUGCAGAAGCUUCAUCACACUCACCCCUCCGGCGGACAGAGGGGUUCUGUGGCUCUCCAUUGUGGCCGAGGUCUUGUAUAUCACAUUGCUCCUUACAGGAGUGAGCCUCAUGUCUGUGGAGGUUUGUUAUUACACGUCAGUAAUUGACGGACUCAAGCUCAACGCCUUUGCCGCCAUUUUCACCGUAUUGUCAGGAUUGCUGGGGAUGGUCGCACACAUGAUGUACACCACCGUCUUUCAGAUGACCGUCAAUCUGGGGCCUGAAGACUGGAGACCACAGAACUGGGACUACGGCUGGUCAUACUGCCUGGCGUGGGGCUCAUUCACAUGCUGUAUGGCCGCCUCUGUGACCACCAUCAACAGAUACACCAAGACCAUCCUGGAGUUCAAACAGAGGCGGAGGAACCUGGAGAGGACACUCCAAAACAAGCCAAAAACCCCGGAGCAAGACGGCUCCCGGCCCGUGUGGGACCUCUACAUCAGCACCAUACAGAACAACCGAGAGGGACUUAUCGAUCAGCGGAUGGAUUUAUCGGUCAGCAGCCAAAACCCCACAGCGCACGGGAACGCCAGCCACUUCCCCUACAGACAGUGCGACGAAUAUUGCUAGUCUUAUUUUUUUUUUCUCAGAGAGUCGUUAUUAUUGUCCUUCUAUACUUUUUCUAAUAAAAUCCUGCAAUCGGA